AGCAUGUAAGCUAUAAUGUAGGGUAAAUUUGGUUUUGAAAAAUUGAUUCACAAAAAAAUAAAAGAUACAUGACUCUCAAAAUUAUGUAAUAACUUUGUUAUGCAAUUGGUCAUGAUGUCAACUAUGAUAUCAUUCGAUAGCCAAUGAGUUUCUCCACCAGAGGUGAAAAUUUGGGUUCAAGAGGAUCAGCUGUUUCUGAGAAAAUGUGCAAUAACUGGUGUCCAUUAACUUCUGACCAUGAGUGUACCAUUGCUAAUGAUUUAAAUUAAUUAGUCAAAACAAGCGAAAAAUAGUGAGAAAAACACUUUAUAAUUUGACGCCAAUAUGAGCCUACCUAGCCCCGGUCUCAGUUCGGUGUCAUUUUUGCGAGUCGUAUGGUCUUAUUAUUCAUUGUAAUAACUUUGAAACCAAAUAGGCCCUGAUUCUGAAAGUUGUUUCCUGAGUAGCAAGGGUUGUUCUUUAAAAUUACAUCUCCAAUUGAUAGCUUCAUAACGUACUUAUUAUGGCCAGGGCAGGUCCCUGAACUUUGUGCUGUAGGCCAAAGAAUGAUGAUUUUCGUCGUAUUCUAUGGCAUUUCGUCGAGUUGUACCUCUCUUGGAAAUGUCUGUCAUUUCUUUCACAUUGUCCAGAUGUCAAAUUCCUUUGGUGGACAGUUUUUAAAUAGGAUGUCAUAUAGAUUAGGAAAAUCAAGUUUGAGCAAAUUCUCAAAAUUUUAACCCCCUGAUGUAUACCUUCAUUGAGACAGCACCACCAUUGAAUAUAUUCAGAGGUUGGAGGAUUUAGGCCUAUCAGUAAGACGAGAGUAUGUGCGGUAUAUAUGGCCUAAUUUGCAUAUCAAAAAUGUGUUCAGGACUACUUUUUUCUCAAAUAUGAGCAUGCAGAAUGGCUUUUAUAUGGCUAUAUGCAGGAGAACUUAUUUAAUGCAUGCAGGACAUGAAAUGAAAAUGAUAGGCCAUGUUCUCAACAUAUCUCACGUCCUGCAUAUACUUUUUAUCUCCUGAAUAUGUUUUAUGUCUUGCAUAGAAUAUUUCACGUCCUGCAUACACUUCUGCUGUUCUGCAUAUAUUUCUUAGAUUUUUCUUGUCUUGGAUAUUAAUAUUUAAGGUCCUGCACAUAUUUUUCGUCUCCUGCAUAUAAUUUUAAUGUCCUGCAUGUAUUUUUCUUGUCCUGAAUAUAAAUCUAAAGUCCUGCAUGCACUUCUCAUGUUCUGCAUAUAUUUCUUUUGUUCUGCAUAAAUAUUUCAUGUCCUGAACAUAUUUCUCAAAAUGUCCUGAAUAAAUUCCCUUUUGGCUUGCCAUAUAUGACCUUCUUUUCAAGGUCACAUAGGUCAAAUGGCGUAAGUUGGCUGUUACCAUGGAACGUUUCUUUAACCACAAUGACCAGUGAUCUCAAAUUCAGUCCACAUGUAGCCAAUAGGUCAGGUGAUCUCAGGGGCCGAUGUUGGGUCCGAUCUGCUUCACCGUUUCAAGAAGUAACAUUUGAAGAUGAGGUAGAGGAUGAUGUCGAUAAUCAGACUGAUGAGGACGAUAAUGAUGAAGGUGAAGAUGAAGGUGGUCAUGAUUAUGAUCAGGAUGAGUCUGAUGUUGGUGUUGCCGAGGCGGAUGCAGUUCCAAGUUCUAGUUCCAAGACUUUGAAGACAAAGAAAACAAAGAAGAAAAAGGAAGCGCCCCACACAUCAAAGAAAGCUCCAUGGACUGAUGAGCAAAGGGAAGCAGUCCUAAGGCACUUCCAGCGUCACAUAGCUCUUAAAAAGUGCCCAGGAAAGAAAGAUGUAGACGAUUGUAAAAAAGAGGAGCCAUGUGUUAAAGAUAGGGAUUGGAGGAACAUCAAAGAUUUUGUGAGACAUCAAAUUGUGAAAGCCAAAAAAAGGCAGGCUGAUCAGUAUAAAAAGUUCAAGUAAAAUUUAUUGUAAGAAGAUGUUUUGAGAAUACCGUUACCGUCACAUGGGAUGACUUUGAACAGCGGGGCGACUUUGAAACCCCCCAGAAAUGAUUCUUGUGACGAGAAACAUCUACAGCUGGGUGUUCAAAGUUACCCCACUGUUCAAAGUCACCCCGUGUGACGGUACUUGGGUUCUGUAUGUCAUGUGCAUGUAUGUCGACUAAAGUUUGUGCAGCCAAACUGCCAAUAGGCAAAAACAUUGAGUCGGUGGCUGAUGUGAUUAUUUUCUCGAGCUAAACUUUCUCCAUAAAUAUGAUAAAUAGAUAUCCUGAACAUCAGGGGUUUUGUAUUGCACUCAUACCUCCCUUAGCUCUAUCCCUGAGUUUGAAGGGGGUCACCUAUUUGUCACAAUUUUUCACCGUCGGGUUUACGGCAGCCAAUCAGGCUUCAUGUGUAAUAUGGUACCCCUGAUGUCCAGGGUGUAAAUAGAGGGCCUGUGACUGAAGGCUAGCAAAGAACAGCAAAAAUCUGUGGAACGAUGCAUUGGUCAUUAUCAUCGUCUCUAUAACCAAUAUAUUCAGUUAAUCGCAUUGAUGAGACUUUUUUGCCAUUUUCAGAGUGGACAAUUUUUGCAAAAAUGUCAUGUCAUCAAUCAUUGUUUAAGUCAAAUGGUUGGCGCAGUGUGCAUUUGCACCAAUUUACAUGUACUUAGUAUAUCGGUGCAAAAUGUACACAUAACUGUAUCAUCUCCUUUUGCAAUGUAUCAUGUGUGUAUGCUUGCAAUUGAAUUCAAGUUGGGACCACCUUGCUCAUUGGGAGGUGCCCGUUUGAAACCUGGAAGGAAUGUCUGGACAUUGCAUGUCCCUAUUAUCAAUAGUGUAGAUGAAGAGUCCCUGUUUGGUCAGUAAAAGACAAAUCUCCCAAUAUUUUGGUGUUUUGUGAUAUCCUCUUCCUAAAUCAUCUUUUAACUAGGACUUAAUAGCCUGACUUUCUUACUUUGGAAACUUAAUGAUAACUUUAGGUGUUUAGGCACGUGACCAAUACUAUUUUGGGCACCAUAUUAGAAAUCAUGUAAAAUCAGGUGCCUGACAUACAAGGUUUGAGCCCAAGUUUAAGUCAUGAACUUGAGUGAGUGAAUAAUUCCACAGUCCAAAUAACUAAAUACUUUGUAGAGGGCUCAUGGUUUAUAGCGGGUCAUUGCGCUUUCAGUGUCACUCAUAUUGUGGCGCUUUGAAUCACUUCAGAGUGUAGUGUGACGCUACCAAAAUGUAUGCCCUAUAACCAAAGCGAAUUCCGCUAUUCAAUAUCAGAAAAACGGUUUGAUAGGGCUUUUAGUGUGAACACAAUGUAUCUCAGGCUACUGAGUAACAAUUAGUGGGAGCAAACAAAAUCGUGUUUCUAUGGUUACUUAGACAGUCUGGCACCCAAUAUAACAAAAGUUAUAUGCAAUGGGGAAAUAUAAAAUGUGUAAAGUUGAUGUACUCGGAUAAAAAUCACUAGUACUUGUGGCAAGUGUUUGUGGCUAGAUGACAUUGAUGAUAUUAUGUAGAGAAACAUUGCAUACUACAGUGUGGUGAAAAAGCUCAAACCCACACUGUGGAACAAAUUGUAUAGGUAUUUGCUGAAUUGUUGUAUACUUUGAUUAAUUGUUCAUGCAAAGUCAAUAUCAUGGCCUAAAUGCCUUAACAUUAGACUUACAGUCGGCUUAUAUCUGUGAAAUAAGGCUGUUGCAUUAGGGUCGGUAACAAGCAGAGGAGAGGAGUGGUUUCAUAUUUUCAGUGUCUGUAGUACCGUCACACAAGGUGACUUUGAACAGUGGGGUAACUUUGAACACCCGGCUGUAGAUGUUUCUCGUCACAACAAUCAUUUCUGGGGGGUGUUCAAAGUCACCCUGCUGUUUAAAGUCACCCUAUGUGAUGGUACUGAUGAUCUUCAACUCGGGCUCCAGCUAUUGUGCAGUGGCAUGCAGUUAUGUUCAUCAGUAAGCCUGAUGUAACCUUGUGAAAAAAAGUCCUAAUUAAAUUACUUAGUGAAGUUUGAAGUAUUUUUUACUAAAACUAUUAUACCAUUCACUGUAAAUGAUAGUGGCUCAGGAAAGUAAUUAUCGGACCGGCUAUUGGCGAUAUAUAGUACUUAGAGGGUGCCUAUUGUGUUGUGUAUGCCUGCGUACAGGAUGUGGUGUCCUAAAAAUCACUAAAAGGUGUGUACUUUAUCAAACUAUGCUCCUAGACAAGGCUCAAGAAAGAGCUUAGUUUUUAUUUGGGCAGGACUGUAACUCCUAAUUAUUGAGGCAAAUGACUUCGCACUUCACAAAAUCUAAGUGUAGUAUUAUUGGGAAGCCAUUGCUGAACCAUCUAAAAAUCUGUUACUGUUUAUUACCACUUCAUAAGGAGUAAGUCUUCAUAUUUUCUGAUUAUUUAGUAGGGCAUUUUAUGUUACCGAGGUAAUCAAUUUUCAUUUGCUGAGGAAAUGAGUAUACAUGUAUUAACUAGGUCUAGGGGCUCACGAUCUCAACGAAUAGAUAGUGCAGGAAUAGAGUCCCCACUUAGUCAACACAGAGUGUGUCCUUCUGCUCAACCCUUGUCAAAUGGGGACAAAAUGUACAGAGGCAUUUGUGUCCCCAUUUGUUGGAUUAAAUAUGGGUAGUCCCCAUUUGGCACAAAACAUAUGUAUGUGUGUCAAACUAUGCUCCUAGACAAGGCUCAAGAAAGACUUUAGUUUAUAUUGUUGGCAGGUUAUCAUGGUUAUUGAGGCAAAUGGCUUUGCACUACACAAAAACUAAUUGUAGUAUAUUUGAAAAGCCAUUGCUGCACCUUUUAAAAAUCUGUUACUGUUUAUUACCACUUCAUAAGGAGUAAGUCUUCAUAUUUUCUGAUUAUUUAGUAGUUCAUUUUAUGUUACCGAGGUAAUUAAUUGUCAUUUGUUGAGAAAAUGAGCAUACAUGUAUUAACAGAGGGUCAAGGGGUUUGUACAAAGUUGUUUGAAUUGAGGGUCUUGGGACCUAUCUAAAUUUGUGUGCAAACUUCUACAGAUAGGUUCAUACACGAGCCGUGGAAAAAAGAAUAUCAAUAGAUUUAUACAGAAUCUCCUCAAAUUGCCAUCCUAGCAUCAAGAUGAUGAGGAGGUGUUUCGGUUGUCUAAACUGGGUCCCUUAUAGAUCUGCGACUGUAUCUCGAUGUGCCUUUCUCUCUUGUAUUUGUUGCCAAAUGGGGUCACUUUCCCCAAAUCGACCACACAAGUUUGAACCCCUAGCAAAUGGAGCCCCCACUUAGUCAGCACAGGAUGUGUCCUUCUGCUCCAUCCUUGUCAAAUAGGGACAAAAUGUACAGAGGCAUUUGUGUCCCCAUUUGUUGGAUUAAAUAUGGGUAGUCCCCAUUUGGCACAAAACAUAUGUAUGUGUGUCAAACUAUGCUCCUAGACAAGGCUCAAGAAAGACUUUAGUUUAUAUUGUUGGCAGGUUAUCAUGGUUAUUGAGGCAAAUGGCUUUGCACUACACAAAAACUAAUUGUAGUAUAUUUGAAAAGCCAUUGCUGAACCUUUUAAAAAUCUGUUACUGUUUAUUACCACUUCAUAAGGAGUAAGUCUUCAUAUUUUCUGAUUAUUUAGUAGUGCAUUUUAUGUUACCAAGGUAAUUAAUUGUCAUUUGUUGAGAAAAUGAGCAUACAUGUAUUAACAGAGGGUCAAGGGGUUUGUACAAAGUUGUUUGAAUUGAGGGUCUUGGGACCUAUCUAAAUUUGUGUGCAAACUUCUACAGAUAGGUUCAUACACGAGCCGUGGAAAAAAGAAUAUCAAUGGAUUUAUACAGAAUCUCCUCAAAUUGCCAUCCUAGCAUCAAGAUGAUGAGGAGGUGUUUCGGUUGUCUAAACUGGGUCUCUGAUAGAUCUGCGACUGUAUCUCGAUGUGUCUUUCUCUCUUGUAUUUGUUGCCAAAUGGGGUCACUUCCCCCAAAUUGACCACACAAAUUUGAACCCCGAGCAAAUGGAGCCCCCACUUAGUCAGCACAGGAUGUGUCCUUCUGCUCCAUCCUUGUCAAAUGGGGACAACAUGUACAUAGGCAUUAGUGUCCCCAUUUGUGGGAUUAUUAUAUAUGGGUAGUCCCCAUUUGGCACAAAACAUAUGUAUAUGUGUUAAACUAUGCUCCUAGACAAGUCUCAAGAAAGACUUCAGUUUAUAUUGUUGGCAGGUUAUUGAGGCAAAUGGCUUUGCACUACACAAAAACUGAGUGUAGUAUAUUUGAAAAGCCAUUGCUGAACCAUUUAAAAAUCUGUUACUGUUUAUUAUCACUUCAUAAGGAGUUAGUCUUCAUAUUUUCUGAUUAUUUAGUAGUGCAUUUUAUGUUACCAAGGUAAUUAAUUGUCAUUUGUUGAGAAAAUGAGCAUACAUGUAUUAACAGAGGGUCAAGGGGUUUGUACAAAGUUGUUUGAAUUGAGGGUCUUGGGACCUGUCUUAAUUUGUGUGCAAACUUCUACUUAUAGGUUUAUACACGAGCCGUGGAAAAAAGAAUAUCAAUAGAUUUAUACAGAAUCUCCUCAAAUUGCCAUCCUGGCAUCAAGACGAUGAGGUGUUUCGGUUGUCUAAACUGGGUCCCUGAUAAAUCUGCGACUGUAUCUCGAUGUGUCUUUCUCUCUUGUAUUUGUUGCAAAAUGGGGUCACUUCCCCCAAAUCGACCACACAAGUUUGAACCCCUAGCAAAUAGAGCCCCAACUUAGUCAGCACAGGAUGUAUCCUUCUGCUCCAUCCUUGUCAAUAGGGACAAAAUGUACAUAAGCAUUUGUGUCCCCAUUUGUGAGAUUAAAUAUGGGUAGUCCCCAUUUGGCACAAAACACAUGUGUUGGGGGGGGGGGAGUUAAUGGGCUUUGUAUGCUUUUUAGUUCACCUUUGGUAAGUCAUACACCCUACCUAACAUUGGGGCGCUGUGUGUCUAAUUAUGAAGUAUAAAGAGGAAACUCUAGGACCUCUCAUUGACGAACAAAGUGAAAGUUACAGUUGACCUUUAGUGCUGAAUAGGCGAGAUCUACUACUUGUGAUGCAGAGUGGAGACAUUUUUGGUCAUUAUAACCCAAGGAAGGGUCUAUAGUAAUUAUGCACCGUCCAUUAUCAUCCAUUGUCGUAAACAUUUGGUGGCACAUUUUUUUACGGCUGAAGCCGUUUUAUUCAAACUUGGUACAGUGUACACUUCUGGGUGACGGCUACUUCCAAUGUAAAUAUCUCUGAAACGACUCGGUUGAGGUUAUGGCAUUACUGAAGAGGAUAGGCAUAUUUGGUUACUUCUACACAAACUCUUCAAAUGGAAUUUCGGGGAUAAAUUUAGACAAAAUGACCGAUUUUGGUAAUGCCAUAAUAGAGGGUUUAAAAGAAAAUAAAAAUUCACUAUCCUUAUUGGAAGUGCCUUAUUUCUGUCACACAUAGGGCCUUGACCCAACUGCUUCAGAGGUAUUUACAUCAGAAAUGUUCCCCUUAUAUGGCUUAACUGCCAUUUGGCCUCUGGGUCUAUUUUUUUAGUAUAUUCACUGGCAAGUUACGAAGUUAUUAACUUUGUUCAGGAUGUGCUGGCUUACUUCAAGUUAUUUUGAACUUCCAUUACUGUAGUUUUAGUUAGACAUAUUUUUUUUAUGUACAUGCACUCUUGCAAGAAAACAAGUUUGUAAUUAACAUCAUUUUUUCAGGAGAUUUUUGCAAGGCAUCCUGUUCUGACCUUUGUCAAGUGCCAAUUUACCAAAACAAUCGAAGUUCUGAUCAGUAUGGGCUACCCGGUAUGUUAUUUUGGUUACCAAACGUCUCUCUAGUGGCAGAGAUUUGCUUUUGGCUAAAAACUAGAGCAAAAUUGUGACGCAAAUUUGAAAUAGAUACUGUUAACAGUGUAUUGGUUCUCGCCAAAUACUGCCUGGAAAGUGGGUCACCCACAGCGAAAAUAUAGUGUGUUGGACGUGACUGUUUUUUUUGUAAUUAAUGGCCAAUACCAAACCUACCUCAGCAGAACGUUUGAGAACCAAACUACAUGAUAUGUGUGAUUGUGUUUCACAAGGAGUUCAUUAAAAUAUUCUACUGGGUAGCUAGUCUUGUUAAUACAUAUUAGUAUGUUGGAUUGUAAUUAUGUUCUGCAAAGUGUUAAUUGAAAUGUGCUAACAGGUUUUGUUGGUCUAAAAAAUAUUGUCUCUCCGUGUCCAAUAAAUGCAGUUCAAAGGGAAAGCCUACAUAUUUCUGUGUCCUGCAUGGUUAAUGCUGAUGUUGCACUUCCUAGAUUUUACCCAUCCUUGAUAACCAGGGUCCUGGUCAUUUCAUACUUCCAAUCCAACUCAGAAACCACAGAAUUUUUGGAGUGGUGCACUGCCUCAGAUAAGUCUGAAUGAGAUUGAACCAAGAAGUUUUAAGUUGAUACCAGCAUUGUCCUGUGCUGUCUGCUCACCACUGGCAAUGGUUCUCAAUUCACUUGUAUGACCAGCUUAAUAGGCAUCAUUGUGUAUUUUGAACAUCGUUGAUGUGUUCUGCUGUGAACAUGGUGAAUAUAGCAUCAUUGUGUAUUUUUAACAUCGUUGAUGUGUUCUGCUGUGAACAUGGUGAAUAUAGCAAUGAUAAUUUUAUCAGCUUCAAUUUUCCGUUUUCCCCAUAUUGACAAUGUGGGACGUACCUGUUUAAAUGGUCAAAUUAGAAAUCAAAUUUAUCAGACAGAUACCUUAUAGUCUAAUGUUACUUCAUGAGAAGUUAUUAUCUUGCAGCCCUUAGAUUAAGGUGGUCCACAUUUAGGGGGUUUGCUGUUAACAUGGUGAAUAUAGCAAUGAUAAUUUUAUCAGCUUCAAUUUUCCGUUGAUGUACCAGUACACUUGGUCCAUGAGAAUCAAGACAACAAUCAAUGUAGGCUUUGUCAGCAUGGAUAUACCAUUUAGGAACAGUAGCCCGCUAAGCUGAAGUGUCCAGCUCACUCAUUUUAAGAAAUUUCGCCGGGGAUUCAGCUUGUGUGGGUUUUCUAUAUGAGUGGAUGAUGUUUUUUAGACCAUACCUGGCAAAGGAUUCCAUGGUGAUUUCUGGUUCUCAUUUAAAUCAGUUGUUAAUGAUUAAAUAAAUAUGUUUCUCUUAAACAUGAUUUUUAUAGA